GUCCUGAGCUACCUCUCUGUCCUGAGCUACCUCUCUGUCCUGAGCUACCUCUAUGUCCUGAGUUAUCUAGGGGGGACCGGUGUGAAGGUUCCUAGACCAGGGUUGGGGGCGAGGAUCGCCACUCGGAGGACGCUAAGGAGGGGGACAAAGACAAUGGUGGAGUGGUGUCCUCGUCCUGCGCCGGAGCCGCCACCGCGGACAGAUACCCACCCUGACCCUCCCCUUGAGUUUUAGGGGUGCGCCCGGAGUUCGCACCUUGAGGGGGGGGUUCUGUCACGUUCCUGACCUGUUGUCUGUUAUUUUUGUAUGUGUUUAGUUGGUCAGGGCGUGAGUUGGGGUGGGCAUUCUAUGUUUUGUGUUUCUAUGUUUGGGUCAUUGGUAAUUAGCCUUAUAUGGUUCUCAAUCAGGGACAGGUGUUUGUCGUUUCCUCUGAUUGAGAACCCUAUAAAGGUAGGCUGUUCACACUGUUUGUUUGUGGGUGGUUGUCUUCCGUGUCUGUAUGUAUGUAUGUUCGUACCACACGGGACUGUAGCGUUUUUGUUUGUAGUCUAUACCUGUUCGUGCGUUCUUCGUGUCAUAUGUAAGUUCUCUGGUUCAGGUCUGUCUUCGUUCGUUUUGUUAUUUUGUAAUUAUUCCAAGUGUCGUUUCGUGUUCGUCUUCGUCGUUUAAUAAAUUCAUUGUGUUUUCAAAACCCGCUGCAUGUUGGUCUGAUCCCUACUCCUCCUCUUCGGACGAAGAGGAGGAGAACAAGCGUUACAGUAUUGUUUGUUCUUCUUGACACAACAUCCAUAUACUGAUUGUUUUAAUAUUGGCAUUAUGCCUACAGCUGAUAUAGUGAAUGACUCAGAUUUUGGAGUUACAGUAUCUAUUCUUUGUUUUGGGUUUGAGUUCGAAAGACUACUGAAUGACUCGGUAUCAGUAUAACUACGUUCGUUUUUUACUAGCAUAUUUCUUCACCAUUUGCUUAGCAUACUAUUUUAGUAUGCUUUUGAAAUUCGUUCACUUCAACAAUGUCUACCUGUCAGACAUCAAUAUUGUGUACUAAUUGCCUAGCACAGUUAGACUGCAGUCUACAUUGGUUUGAUCUAUUAGCCUACUUCAGUUAUUCUAGGCCUACACACCUGUUUCAAGGAUACACGUUUCAGCACCGUGAUGUGUGGACAGCACCACUGCAUUGAAGCACUGAUAUGUGGGAUUUGAAGUUGGACUGUGAGUUAAAUAAGGGAUAGUGAUAAAGGUGUUGCAUUGUGUGUGUGCAUUUUGUGUGUGUGCAUUUCGUGUGUGUGCAUUUUGUCUGAGAAGUAAUCAAGUGUUUUGACAUUGGAUGAGUUAUUUGGGUUUUAGUUUUUUUUUGUUUGAGAAUCAACUAUCGGCAGCUGAUGUGAGUGCUUCUUUCCGAGAUGUUUUCCAUAUGUAUUUACAUCGUUAUUUAUGCAUACUAAAACAAAACAAACAAUUAUGAAUUUGGAAACACUCAGUAUAGUGUUAUUCUCUGUUUUUUAUAGGCCUACUUGAGAUUGCAGGUUUGCAAAAGUACUCCAUGUGUCACUCUUCACCAGCUAAAGCCAUUAGAUAUAUUUCCCAACCCAUUCCCGCUGCAGAAGCAAAGGGAGGGACUCAUUUUAAAACAGUGCAGGUUAGCGAAAGAUCACAUCCCUUGGACGAACGUAAGACAGGCCUGUUGACUAAGUUGCUUUUAUCGUUUCACUCUUUCAAAUAGUUUGUACUUGACCCCAGCAUAACAUUGGAAUAUAAUUUGUUUUUUGAAAAUGGAAUAUAAGGGAUUCUCGUUCACUGCCUCGAAUUUCUUCAUGGCUUUGUUUCUUUUCCUGCUGCGCACCAGCUAUGGAGACGUGACCUAUUCUUUUCCGGAAGAGAUGAAACGCGGAUCUGUGAUUGGGAAUAUAGCCAACGAUCUUGGCCUGGAUCCAAAAGGACUGUAUGUUCGUAAAGCUCGCCUAGAAAUGGAUGGUAGCAACACACUCUAUUGUGACAUUAACCUGAGCACUGGCGACCUGAUUGUUGCUGAGAGAAUUGACAGGGAGCAGCUCUGUGGCAGAAGGGUUUCGUGUGUAUUGAAAUAUGAAAUGGUGCUCGAGAAUCCUUUAGAAUUACACCGCGUCGUUCUUCAGAUACAAGAUAUUAAUGAAAAUUCACCACAAUUCGCGAACGAUCGCAUUACGUUUGAGAUCAGAGAAUCGGCAGAUAAAGGCGCCCGAUUUGUGGUUAAUCAGGCUCAUGAUGCAGAUAUAGGACUGAACGCUGUUCAAAGCUACACACUACAAAAGAACAGCCAUUUUGGUUUGGCUGUGCAUACCAAUCCUGGUGGGGUAAAAUAUGGCGAGUUAGUAUUAGAGAAAGAACUGGAUCGAGAACAACAGCAGGAGGUGACAUUGUUACUUACUGCUAUUGACGGUGGGACUCCACAGAGAUCUGGUACAGCAGUUAUACACGUUACUGUGCUGGAUGCUAAUGACAACAUUCCAGUGUUUAGCCAGAACCUUUUUAAGGUCAGUUUGCCCAAAAAAAUUCUCCCUUUGGCACUGUAG